ACUUCCCUUCAGCUCCGACAACCAUACUCAACCAUCCACCUCUGGUAGCACGCCUCUUCGACCAGAAGCUGCCGCGUUCGAAAUGCCGAGACCCUUUCCACGGAAGCAUUCGUCAUUGGUAGAUUAUGCAACAUGGCCCAUGUAUACCGACUGGGCCGCAGUGCACAAAAGCUUCCGAGCUGAUGACAUUGUCGUCCCUGGAUCCCAAUUGCAUCGAAACCCAUACAGUGGGGCCUUGUUCAACAACUCCGGCCAAGAGGUAGUACCUCCUCCCAACAAGCACCUCCUUCCCAACAAGCACCCCCUAAACACCUUGAUGACAAACAAUCCCGAGACGUUUCACCGCGGCCAACUGGUAAAAAGCCGCCAGGUUUUCCCGCCUCCUUAUAAUCUACCACGAGGUGAGGUUCCUUCAGCAAUCCCCGAAGGCGAAAAAGGAAUAGAAUUGCUACAGCGGGCGUAUGCCGGACUAGCGGUCACGCAGCGUAAUCUACAGUCACGUCAUGCACAAGGACUUCCUCCUAUUCAAAUAGGUCCAUAUCCUCCAGCGGACCCUCCUCCAUACGCAGCCGAUCUAUCAAACAUGAAUCCUGCAUCAUCGGAGUCGAUGGUUCCGAUGACGGCGGUGGUAGAGGAGCAGGCGAGGAGGCAUUACUCUUCGAACCCGAACCAGGGCAGCGGAAAAGAAGGAAAUUUAAUUCCGCGGACUGGGAUUAGAAAUGGGAAUGUUGGGGGAGAUGCAAGUGGCAUGUUCAUUUCGCGAACGGAUGUGAUAGGUCGAGAUCUGCGACGAAAGCAACCAUGGGCAGCGUGUAGGGAAGCGAAUCAUGAUGGGGGCAAGGAAGAGGUUCUGCAUGGUGGUAGAGGAGCAGGCCAGAGAAGAAAUAGGAGAUUUGGUUGGAUGUUCGGUGACGCAGAAAGCCAUGGGACGAAUUAAGCGGAGCACUGAUCAGUGGGUUUGAGAGGGGUCGAGUUCUGGUCAGAGGAAGGCGAGGAGGGAUUACGAUCGUUUCUUACAUGAGCAGAAGAGAGUGGAUCAAUAAUGUACUGUUGAGAUACA